UCAGGUGCCGCACUGCCCAUCUCUUAAUUCAGAAACUUGUCCAAACAAAUGUUAACUUCCACGGUUUACUCAGCAGGACUCACAUUUCACCACGGACUCUGAAAUAUCACUUUACGAAGCUGCCAAAGAUUACAAAGGAUUUUAUGUGCUGUUUGGACUAAGAAGUUAAACAGAACCUUGCGGGUCCCAGUUUUUUCAGUGUCCCGCACUAAGUUACCUGCACCAACUAGAAAGUCCAGUUUAACGUGCAAGUCCUAGAAAACACCUGAGUCCUGGAGGCAACAUGGACAUGGACAGCAAACGGCUGGUGGUGGUGGUACCGAAUGAAGUGUCGAUGCCCUCCCGCAGAGUGUACAGCAGCGAGGACGAGGUGUGGAGGAGCUUACUGGAGAACCCACUGACAGCUGCCACUAAGGCCAUGAUGAGCAUCAAUGGAGAUGAGGACAGUGCAGCAGCUCUCGGUCUGCUGUACGACUACUACAAGGUUCCCAGAGAGAGGAGACGUACCUCCAGUGAUGUUAAACCCACAGAUCCUGCUACUCUUGGGUCCAAUAACUGCGGGAACUUGGAAGUGCUAGAUCACCAUCUUCAGGCUCUGAGGUCCAUGCCUGUAAACCUCUCUUUGAACAGCAGCACCACUCAUGAACAUCAGGGCUCCAGAUAUGGAGCGAUGAACCUCACAGGAGACAACAGAGGAGGAGAUAGUAAAGGUGGAGGCAGUGCACCUCUUGCUUUGGUCAAGACAGAGGGCCAGACAUCCAUAGCAGUUCCUUGUUCUGGUGGCUUGUACCAGGAACAACCCAGAGAGCAGAUAAGGAUGGUGUACGAGCAGAGCUCCUAUGACUUGUCCAUCGCUAGUUACCUGAAAGAAGAAGAGAGAAGCACGCCUGACAGCACGAAAGAGGAUGCUGUGGGAGGAGAGGUCAGACUGUCAUCUGGGGGGAGUGAGGUGGAGGCGGUGUUAUAUCGUGCUUUAAAAAUGUACCACAGAAGUUCUUCCUCAGGAGAUGAUGCAUUCCACUAUAGCCUACCAGUUGACAGUUUCCAGUACAAUCUAGAGGCCAGCAUGUCACUUCGGCCACGGCAAGGAGAAGGACCUAUGGCUUACCUGAACCGGAGCCAGUUCUAUGCUUUGACACUGUCCAAGACUGGCUUCAAAUCAUCCCUGUGUCAGUCCAGAGGCAAAGUGAGUGGAGGGAUGCUGUCACAUGGGCCUGAUGGGAGCCCAUCCAGUAGGGAGCAGUGCACCACGAGAGGCUCUCAGCUGCAGCAGGACAGUAUUGUACAGAGUGUUAUCAUGGUUGUCUUUGGAGAAGACAAGUGCAGAGACGAGCAGCUGAAGAAUUGGAAAUACUGGCACUCCCGCCAGCACACUGCCAAACAGAGAGUCCUGGACAUUGCCGACUACAAGGAGAGCUUCAACACAAUAGGGAAUGUGGAGGAAAUUGCCUACAAUGCCGUGUCUUUCACAUGGGAUGUCAGUGAAGAAGCAAAGGUCUUUAUCUCGGUUAACUGUCUGAGCACAGACUUCUCCUCGCAGAAGGGUGUGAAGGGGAUGCCUCUGAUAAUCCAGAUUGACACCUACAGCUACAACAGCUGCAGCAGCAGGCCCAUCCACAGGGCCUUCGCUCAGAUCAAAGUCUUCUGCGACAAGGGUGCAGAAAGGAAGCUGCGUGAUGAGGACAAAAAGCAGCUCAGGAAAAGGAUGAAAGGUAAAAAUGGCAGCUCAGGGCAGACCUCUCCCAUUAAGAGGGCUGAAAGCACACUGUUCAAAAGUUUGCAAGACCUGGACUCCCAGCCUGUUCUCUUCAUUCCUGGUGCCUACUUUGGAAACCUGCAGAGAGCAGGGCAGGUGUUUGCUUUCAGCACUGAAGAGGGUGUCAGAGAUGGAGGUGUUCUGAUGAAGAGGGUUUCAUGUGUUGGUGAGGAGGAUGUCUGUCCCCCUCAGCCAAAGAAGUCCAAAGUGGAACUGGAAAGGAAAGUUCUUCUGUAUGUGAGGAAAGAGGGUGAUGAAGUAUUUGAUGCCCUGAUGCUGCGCACACCAACCCUCAAAGCAUUGAUGGAGGCCAUCUCAGAGAAAUACGCAUUGCCUGUUGACAAGAUGGCCAAAGUUUACCAAAAAAGCAAAAAGGGGGUCCUGGUGAACAUGGACGACAACAUUGUUCAGCACUACUCCAACGAGGACACCUUCAUCCUGGCUAUUGAGACCUCAGCCGACUCCUUGUGUGUGACUCUGUCGGAGAUCUGACGGUUGUUAUCCACAGCACUGUUGUCAUCAGAUAUAUUGUCCAGACAGAGGUGAUCACGUUCACCCUGUGUAGAAAUUUAUGAGCAUUGUUAGCAGUGUUAGAUGACGGCGUCAUACAGUGUUCUUUAAAGGCCAUAUGGGAGCGCCGGUGGGGUUUGUUGCCCCGUAUGGAUCAUUGACUCCCCAGGAGAGAAAACCCACAACUGCCUAACUUGCUGUUGCUCAUGUUUAAUAGACACCCUGUCAUAGGAGGAAAUGUUGCACUAGGAACACAGCCUUAUCAAAGUUGAAAACCCCGAGGACUUCCGGUUGCAAUGUAGGAGUAGGACACGUGUGAAAAGGCCCCCAGUUCACUAUUUGCAAGCUUUACUUUAUACCCCACUUUUUCAGUCAGCCCUUACUAUAAAAGCUUCAGUCAGUUACAUUGCAGAGAUUUUUCCAUAAAAUGAUCAAUUCCAUGAGUGAAAAAAGGUUAAUAAUGCUCAAACUCCAACUACGCAUGUAGCAGGGAAGUUAGCUUUAUUCAGAACUAGCAACCCUCAGCUAAUGACCGACGCCUCAACUACACCUGAGGAAAACUCAACCUCUGUGCUCAUCACUAUGGACCAGCUAACCGCAGAAUUUGAAAAGCAGAGGACUUCGCUUUGGCAAGAUGUUUCUUUUCUGAUACAAGAAUCUGUAAAGCUGCUGCUGGCCUCACAGGACUCACUACAGACAACAGUGAACUCUUUUCAGAAGCACCUUACCUCCAAGGAGUCUGUAGCCGGUGACAACUUUGAACAUCUAGCUGCAGCACAUUCCACCAUCAGAACCCUCCUAAACCAGUCUCUCUUAGACCAACUCGACACCUUGGGAACUGCUCAUGGAGGUCCAACCACCAUAUUCUGAAUAUCCCCGAAGGCAUUGAGGAUGGUAAAGACUCAGUGAAGUUCAUGUCCAGAGUCCUGAUGCAGAUAAUAGGCCUCGAUGUCUUCCCUGCGCUGCCUGAAUUAGAGAAAGCCCACCGGUCACCAACUCUCAGACCUGGCCAGAGGAAAUCCUCUUGCACUUUCCUUGUAUGUUUCUCCAGGUUUCAGCAGAAGGAGGCUGCACUGUGCUGGGCCAGGAAUUACAAGCUGAAGUACCAAGGUACCACUAUAAGGAUUUACCAGGAUCUCAGCACAGCACUCGCUAAAAAACAGGCAGCAUUUAAUGGCAUAAAGCAGGCUCUGUACCAGAGGAACGUCCGGUUCUGUCAGCUGUACCCGGCUCGACUGCGCGUCUUUGACAGGGACGUAGUGUUCACUUUCAACUCACCGGAUGAAGCCCAGAAGUUUUACGACCAGAGAUUCAGCAAGGAAUAGAAGUUCAGCAGCCUCCUGUCUUAAACUCCUCGUUGUACACCACGAGGUCUGUAAACUGUUUAAUUCCAGGACGGUUUGUUACUGUUCACAUGUGAACUCCCUCCGUCAGCGGUCUGUGACUCCAGGUGUGGGUGCUUUUGUUUUAUUACUCCACCAAAAAAUGCGGUGGAGUUAUGUGACGAUCGGGGUACGUUUGUCCGUCUGACUGUCUGUUAGCAACAUUACUCAACAACAGACUAAUGGAUUUGCGUGAAAUUUUCAGGGAAGGUCAGAAAUGACACAAGGACCAAGUGAUUAGAUUUUGGCAGUGAUGUGGCUUAUAGUCUGGAUCCAUGGAUUUAUUAAAGAUUUCUGUAUCAUUGCGAGAUAGCGGCACAGUGUCACUGUAACCAUGACAACAAGUGAACUGAUAAUCACAUGAUUGCGAUUUUACUACAAAUCCACCGUUGCAGACUUAUCAAGACUUAUCUGUUGGAUAUCAUACAAAGACUAAGCAGCAUUGGAGGAGUACUGAGCUCUUUGAGUGCUUUUCUUGUUUUUGUUUGGUUUCCUUUUUUCUUUCCUCGCUGAUGUCAAAUGCCAGGUUAACUCAUAUUUUCCAGUGCUGCAUUCUUGAAUUGAACACACCCUUUUACAGAUGCCGCAUACAUAUUUUUUUCUCUUCUUUUGUACUACUAUUAUAAGUGCAUCUAUCAUUAUUUUGAGUGGUUGAAUCUAAAUUUGUACAGGUUGCUGGGAGUCCUGUCGGUUAAAGGGUUAAGAAGCCGUUAAGCUGGAAGUUUUCUGUGUACAAUAAUCAGUCUGCAGCUUGCCUCUAACUGAGGUACAAAUAUAAGCUUAGUUUUAGUUCUGUUCUUGUUGGGGAAGUGGGAAAGGGUUUUGGGAAGGUACACCCCUAGAUUUUCAUAGCUACUUUUCUUUGAUUAUGUUGUUAGAGUGGACACACAGGAAGUAGUGCACUUACUGCCACACACAUUCUCUUACUUUACAGCCACUAUCAUUAUUAUUUUACUCCAAUAUCUUAGUUGUGGAGAAGAGAUGUAGUGGAGGGAAAGCUGAUGUACGAUUUAUUACUCAACUCAACUCAACUUUAUUUAUAAAGCGCUUUAAACAGCAGCCGCUGAAACAAAGUGCUGUACAAUAAACAAUGAAUUAAAACAUUAAAACAAUAAAUAAAACAUAAAGAAAACAUACAGCAGCACAAUAAAACAGAAGCAGAGUCUCAUGCUGUGUUAAAAGCCAGUGAAUAACAAUAAGUUUUAAGUUUCGUUUUAAAAACCGACAGUGAGGGAGCCUCUCUGAUGUGCAUAGGGAGAUUAUUCCACAAUCUAAGAGCAGCAACAGAGAAGGCUCUAUCUCUUCUGAGCUUCCGCUCAUUACGUGGAAUGUGAAAGGUUUAAACGGGCCUGUAAAAAGAACUAGAAUAUUUUAUCAUCUUAAAACCAUAAGAUGUGAUACCUCAUUCCUACAAGAAACCCACUUACUGAUAAAAGACCAAUAUUUAGAUAGACUUAGAAGAGCUUGGGUAGGCCAGGUGUUCCACUCAAACCUAAACUCUAAAACACAAGGAACAGCCAUAUUAAUACAUAAAAAAAAUGAGUUUAAGCCAAAGAACGUCAACUCUGAUCCACAGAGUCGCUUUGUUAUAGUCUGUGGGCUUCUUUUUCACAAAGCUGUGGUUUUAGUUAAUGUAUAUGCCCCUAAUUGGGAUGAUGAAAAAUGUAUAUAAAAAAUAAUUUCUUUAAUACCAGACUUGAACUUUUGGUGGCGGCCUAAAUUGUGUAAUCAAUCUUGCACUGGACCGAUCUAAUCCUAAACUUACAAUCCAGUCUAAAAUGGCCAGGUCACUGUUAGCCUGUAUGGAUCGAAUAGGGAGCGUUGAUCCAUGGUGCUUGCUUUUGUCAACAGUUUUGCUUCAUAUGUUUAAUGACUCACUGUCUCGUGGGUCACUGCCUCAAACAUUGUCUGAAGCAUUAAUUUUUCUCCUACUCAAACCAGAUAAAGAUGACACAGAAUGUGGUUUGUAUCGACCCGUCUCUCUCCUGAAUAGCAACGUGAAGAUCAAACGGUAAACAAUCGCAGUAUUUCCAACUAUCAAGGGGAACCCGUCAGGGAUGCCCAAUCAGCCCACUGCCAUCCGCUUUAGCCAUAGAGCCCUUAUCCGUUACGCUGAGAUCGUUAUCAUCAAUAAGUGGCAUUCAUAGAAGAGGAGUAGAAAAUAGAUUAUCUUUAUAUGCAGAUGACCUUUUACUAUAUUAUCUGACCCUAUUCAAAGCAUGCCCCACAUAAUUCAUGUGUUGAAGAGAUUUGGUAAAUUUUCUGAAUACAGCUGAACUUCAGUAAAAGUGAAUGCUUUCCUGUCAAUGACUUGGCCCUCCAAAUACAGGACAUCGUGUUACCAUUCAAAAUCUCUAGAAGUGACCUCAAAUAUCUGGGUAUUAAUAUCACAUAAGAUACACAAAAACUAUACCAAGAAAACCUCCUCCCUCUGCUUGAGAAAGCUAAAUUAGAUUGAAAGGAAUGGAAAAAAACUUAAGUAAGGUUAGUUGUGUUAAAAUAUCUGUCCUUCCCAAAUUCCUGUAUUUAUUUCAGAGUAUUCCACUUUAUCUUCCUAAAUCAUUUUUCAGAUCUGUUGAUAAAGCUUUCACUUCAUUUAUAUGGGAUGGUAAGAACCCAAGAUUGUGCUUAGAAGUGCUUUGGAGACCAAAACCACAGGGUGGCUUAGCAUUGCCAAACCUUCGCUAUUAUUACUGGACUGCCAGUGUUAAAAAAAUGAUUUACUGACACUGACUGGUGCCAUCUGGAAAACCUGUCUUGUAUCUCAUAAUCCCUUAUAGCCUCAGUCACUUCCUGUCUUCCUCUUACUGUUUCAAAGUACACAAAUGUCCCAGUUGUCAUCAAUUCCCUUAGAAUAUGGUUUCAACAAAGGCAAAGCUUUGGCCUGAAACAGUUUCUGAAAACAAGUCCUAUAUAUAAUAACCACGUCUUCCCCCCAACUAGAUUAGACUCUGUAUUCUCUAUGUGGCAAAGACUAGGCAUCCGUGUGUUUAAAGGAAUGUACAUUAAUGGUUUAUUUGCAAACUUUGAGGACCUGUCACACAAAUUUACCCUCCUGAAGUCCAGUUUAUCUCUGUGUUUUUAAAUCUGCCACCUUCUUCUGCGAACCCUAAUUUCCCAAACAUACGUUCAACUCUGGGUUGAGAUGAUAUGUUAAAAAUCUCUUUUAAUUCCAAAAGCCUCAUCUCAUGAAUAAAUGACCGCAUAGCCUCCUUCAAAUGUUCCUCCCUGAUGAAGAUUAGGGCAGACUGGGAAGAUGAGCUGGGGGAGGCUAUGGAAAAGUGGGCCUGACUGAAUGACAGUACAUCAUACAACUCAAACUUUUACACCGGCCCCAGUUACCUAAAGAAAAACCUGCUAGAAUAUACCCUAACUCAGAUGCUAGCUGUGAUAAAAGUCUCUGCUAACUUAACCCAUGUGUUUUGGUCAUGUCCUGCUCUGGCAACGUAUUGGGCUGUAAUCCUUAAAACACUGUCAGAGGCACUCGGUAUUGUCCUUCAACCCGGCUGCUAUAGUUGGCUUUAGAGAUAUAAGAAAAUUCCACAUUGAGGAAAAGUCACAAAGCAUCAUUGUCUUUACAACACAGCUGGCACGCAGAAGAAUUCCACUACACUGGAAAUCAACAAGUCCUCCUAAAGUAUCUCUGUGGUUGAGUGACUUGAUGCAUUUCAUAAAGUUAGAAGAUAAAAUACUCACUUAGAAGGUCCAAAGACACAUUUUAUUCUAUCUGGGGUCAGAUCUUGACACAUUUUAGCAAACUCAGAACCUUACCUGACACUGUUUGACCUUUUCAACCAUUUCAUUUACUCUCAAGAAUCAUGACUGCGUACAUCUAGAUUUCCACUUACUCUAAUUUUUUAUACUUACUUUAUGUCUCCUCUUUUCAUUAACUUAGUUUUUUAUAUCCUUUCCUUUGCUAGUGUGUGUAUGGCCGGACCCUUCUAUGCUUAAAUAUGGCUUUCAUAUCCACUUAUCUUGUCUACCUUUUUUUCUCUUUUUAGUAACAUGCUAAUAUUCAAUUCAGUUCAAACCAGUUUUAUUUAUAUAGCGCCAAUUACAUUUCAGAUUGUCUGUAGAUGCUUUACAGAACCCAUAUGCCUGAACCCCCAGAGCAGCCCUAAGGCGACAGUGGCAAGAAAAACACCCUUUUAAGGGGAAGAAACCUCGAGCAGAACCCGGCUCUGUAUGGGUGGAACCCAUCUGCCUGCUGGUCAAUCUAAUAUAAUUCUGAUUGUUUUGUGCCUUCUAGGGAGUGUACCCUAUGUUUGGGGAGGUGGGGAGGGUUGUGUUGAUUGACAGUUUUUUUUUCAUUUAUAUGUAUAUAUAUAUAUAUAUAUAUAUACAUAUAAAUGAAAAUAUCGAGCUCAACGCAUGUAAAGUGUUGCUGCAUGUCACUGUUUCCAAAUAAAAAAUGAAUGACAACAAUAAAAAAGUUGAAAACCUAUGGAUUUGAUGUAGGCGUGAAAAGUCUGUCUUGAUCUUUUCUACCUUAUUAGCUCAUAGGAAUUCACUUUUGAACUCUUUGUGUAACUGUGACUAAUAUGAGACUUUAUCCAGGUCAUGACACAGCAUCCAGCCAGCUUGCUGUGGUUUCACAGGAAGAACACUUUAUAUAUUGGAUUAACAGCAGGGAGCACUGCUGUCGGCUUCCUCUGUGCUUUCUGCCACCCUUCCUGUUACCUCUGCUCAUGGUGGAAGCUUUUAAAUGACUUGAUCGGAUGUUUGAAAGGCUCUCGAGUCACAGAACGUCUAUACAAAACAUCUUUUGCUUCCACAGGAGUGUUCCCGGUUAUGGCUCAUUAUUUUGUAUGAGUAUAGUUAUCUUUUGAUGUGUCUUCAGGGAUCUUUAUUGGUCGUCCAUGUUUUAUUGUUAUUUGAUUUGUCACGUUUUUACUGCAUACUAAAUGUUUCCUGUUGGUACCAGUAAAAUAAAUGUUAUCCCAGAUUGUCAUUACAUGCCAGUGUCUCCAGAUCUAUAAUUACAUGAGGCACCAUAAUGAAACAAGGCUGCCAGUCUCCAGGAUGCUGUUAAACUGUUCUGCUUCCUCAAUGCUUUUCCUCUCACUAAAGAGACUGUAGUCAUUAGUAUUUAUGACAUUCGUUAGGGACUCGAGCGCUCAACUGCUCCAUCCAUUUACACAGUCAUCUGCUGAUGCUACAGCAAACCAGAGCUCAACAGCAGAAUGUUUCUGUUCUGAUUCAUUGACACUUUAUUUGUCCCUCAUUUGCUCCAUGCAGGACCAUGUACAGUCUUUUAAAUGAGCCAAUAAAUAGAGUUUUUUAUGUUG